AUGUUCCUACAGAGGAAGGUGAAGUUGUCUAUGUGACGGGGAACGCAUCAUCACUAGGCAGCUGGAUGCCCGAGGAUGGGGUACCUCUGGAAAAACAUGAAGAUGAGAGUAACACGUGGAGCCGUGUUAUCAACCUGCCGGGCGAUGCGGACUACCUGUACCGAUAUUACAUCUGCCGCUUCCUGGAUGCGGGGAGUGGCCAGCUAAAGCUGAUUGUUGUCCGAUGGGAGACCAACCUGCAUCCAAGAUCAAUUAACACAAAAAAUAGCCAGUGUGAACAGAGAGAUAUCUCAGAGUUUGGUCAGUUUGGUGGCUACAACAACUGGAGUAGGGGCUGGCUCAUGGGACAAGUGAGCACCGAGAUCCGCCUCUUCAACAACCCCAUCUACAUGUGGAAACAGCGUCACUGUGCACAGACCUACAGGGUCAAGUGUGUGCCCAUGGACUAUGCAAUGCGCGAUCCAUCAAUCCUUGACUUGUACGAUGCAGAUGAAGAAGAGAGCAGAGAUGGUCCUCCAACGUGUAAGAAGACAGAAAUAACCUGCUUUUCGGUGGGAGACGAAGUCCCUCAGAGACAGUGUCAAGACGAGUUUGGCCUAAUCUACAAGCCUGAUGACUACCUGGUCUUCAGCAGUCAGACUUUCACUCCAGAAAAUCUGGGUUACCAACUGGACUUCUAUGUGGAAAUGGAGAACCGAUUACCUCAAUACGUCGGAUAUGCCUACAUCUUGCCUCUAAACAACCUAUCAGAAUCUCUAGGCUGCAGAAAAAUCCCUAUCAAUGGCCUAAAGCACAAGCCCAUUGGGGAGGUCACAGUGCAUUAUUUUACCAUAAAACCAUACAAACAACACACUUUUGGGAUGGAACUUUCCUACCAGAAACACUGGAAGAGGAUGGGACGGAGUCUGGACGUCGGGCAUCGUGGAAUGGGAGCAUCGUAUAAAAAAGUGGCACUGGUAAGAGAGAAUACAGUGGCUUCACUCAAGGCAGCUGGUCAACAUGGAGCUGACUACGUGGAGUUUGAUGUGAUGCUGUCUAAGGAUCUACAGCCUGUCGUUUACCAUGACUUUAGUGUGGCUCUACAGCAUAGGAAGCGACAUCAUGAUUUGGAAGAGCUCCUGGAGAUCCCUGUCAAGGACCUGACCUCCGAACAGCUGCAGUCUCUCAAGCUAUAUCAUGCGUCAUCAUCUGCAGAAAAUCAGAUAAAACUGACACUGGACUCGAGCGAUAGUGACGACCUUCAACCAUUUCCCACUCUACAGGACUGUCUGAAGAGGGUGCCCCCUGAAGUUGGCUUCAAUAUUGAGAUCAAACACCCACAGGCCACUGAGGAUGGUCCGGAGCUGGAACACUACUUUGAUCACAACCUUCACGUUGACACCAUCCUCAGGACCAUCUUUGACCAUGCUGGAACACGCUGCAUCAUCUUCUCAAGUUUUGACCCAGACAGUUGCAUCAUGUUGCAGAUGAAGCAGAACAAAUAUCCGGUUCUGUUCCUAAGCAACGGACCCACUUUGAAGUAUUCACCAUACACUGACUACAGAGCGAGAGAGUUCGAUGCAGGCAUUAAAUUUGCUCUCGCCUAUGGAUUGCUGGGCGUGGACUUCCAGGCUGAGGGGUUGCUGAAGGAUCUGUCUCUCAUCAAGAAAACACACAGCAUGGGGCUGGUGAUGUUUGUGUGGGGAGACGAGAACAACAGCUCCGAGACUAUCAACCUGUUGAGGAAGGAGGGAGUGGAGGGUAUAAUCUAUGAUAGGAUUGACUUCUACAAGGCUGACAAGGGGCAGCAGUUUGUGCUGGGAGACAAGAGUAGUACAUCAGUACUGACUGGUCUGGAAGAGCUGUCAUAAUAGUCACUGGUGGUUUUAGGGGAUUAAUAUAGUAGAGAGGAUUUGCAGAGCUAGAGAGAAUGCACUUUUAAACUAAGUCUUACCAUGCUUAAGAGUAUAUAUAGAAGUUCCAAAAGAUAUUGCUGUUAUAUCUUCAUCACUGACAUAAAGAAUGCAAAGAAUUAAUCUUACAAAUCUUGCCAUCUAUGCCAGUGUUUGUGAUCAACAAAUAUCCCUGAAUGUGUAUUAGUGUAUUGGGGUAGUCUUGUAUAAAGGCACUAUCACUCUUAAGACUCAGGUUCAACACUCAGAUACAAUUUUUUUAAGCCUGAUCCUGGUUUUACCCAGCUGUGAUGUUAUUCAUCCUCGAUAAUCUCAAGAGUGUACGUUCCAAUAAAUCUCCACUAGUACCCUUGAUGCAUCUAUGGCUCUGCCAGAGAAUUAUAUUGCCUCCCUUUGCGGGGUCCGCCUCCUCACAGUAGCCAAUCAGAUAAGCUGUUACAACCAAGCUUGCCAGUGUCGACAAUGAUAGCGUCCGCAACCGUGAAGGUUUGCUCACUCACUAUGCGACUGAGACUAAGGGAAAAUAUCAUACAGACAAAUUGACAGGUCCAGUGCUUCAGCCAGGCAAGCGCCAUUGACACUAAAAAAUAUGCAGUGGCACCUUUUUUCAAUGCUAGAGCGUACCCAUUGGCGCAUCAUUUAAUAUAAUCCACAGGUCUUCUAUACCAUGGUUACCACGAAUGGCAAAAGUCUCAACUGCGUUGGCACACAUUUUAGUAGUUAAGGUGCCAUUUGGCAACACUCAAAAAAUCCUGGCUGAAGCACUGCAGGCCUGAAACCUUAAAAGAAUAUUUGCAAGAAUUUCAUUUACCUCUUUCAGAGUACCUCUGCAACAAUUGUGUUGCCAAGUUUAAUCGGUUAGACAAAAGAAGUGAAAGUGAGUUAUGAUAGAAACCUUGUGAUUGGUACGCUCAACUUCCCAGCGUAGGCAACUAAAUGGAUGAAAAGCCAGUAAAGGGAGGUACUAAAAUUAUCUGUCCGAACUGUAGAUGCAUCCAUUGUACUAGUGGAGAUUUAUCGGAAUGUAUACCCUGGAGAUUAUCGAGGAUGGAUGUUAUUGAGAUGUUGCAAGAAGCGGCAUCAAACAAUACUCUCGCUGAAACAUUUUACACAAUAUAUUUUUAAAUACUUGCUUAGUUCAUCUCAAAACUCCCUCAUCCUUAAGGUGAAAGUUAUGUCUACCGGAGCAGCCUGAGUUGUUUCCGUUUUGCAUUACUCAGCGUUGUUGAAUUAGUGAAUGAUUUAAGAAAUUGCAAAGGAGUAUGAAUUCUGUGAAUUCACCUAUAAAUUUGUGCAUGACAUUAUCAGCCUCAGCAGCAGAGUAUAUUAGGAUGUUAUACAUACCGGUAGUACACUGAUAUACUCAUGGAAACGUUUAAAGGAACACAUGAAAGUACAGAGCAAUACAAAGCUUGUGAAGAAACCUGGGAAAAAAAUAAAGUAACACUAGGCCAUUGGUCCAUAACUACAUAGGUUGCAUUGUGCAUAGCAAAACAUGCGAUGUGUACAGUAUAAUUGAUAAUUUUAACAUCUUAGAUAUAUUGCAAGAUAACUAAAGCUAGCUAAAUUAUUAAUAAUUUAAUACGGUACUUUCUUUCAGGUGUUCCCUUAUUUAUUUCCAUGAGUAUAUCAGCUGCUGUAUUAGCAGUGAUACGAUCCACCAUAUGAUCCAUAUGAAUUAUGAUCCAUCAUAUGAUCCAUCAUAUUAGGUCUCAGGAUAUAUUAUCUCAUCAAUUGGGACAUGCCUGAAUACUGGGUAGUGUAUAAUUUGUAUAUAUGGAUGGGUUAUGUUUAGAAUUGUUACGAUAUGAUGAGGGUGCUAUAUAAUUUGUAUCCCAAUACAAUACUGCCACUUACAUUUCAUGUUGUCUCCUAUUUUUGCAUGAAUCGUUAGUCUCUUAUUGUUACACCACUAGUAAUAUUACAUCUCUUGGCAUUAGAUCUUUAUUAACAUAUGAAGAGAUUCCCUGCUGUUUAUGUCCACAUAUUAAUGUAGUAUUCUGUGAUAUAGUUUACUGACUUUGGUAAAGCAUGGGGUUAUUGUUAUUUGGCAUCAUUUUGAGCAUCACAUUUUGAGCAUCACAUCGUUUUGAACUUCACAUUUUGAGCAUCACAUCGUUUUGAGCUUCAUGAAGACUAAUAACAAAAUAUCAAAAUUGCGCAUUGCAAACUUUCACUCUAGGAUAACCCGAUUCUUUGAAGACAUGUGAAGUGUUCCAUUUAGAAGUAAUAUAAAUAAAAGGUGAAAAUUUAUGGAUGUCAACUUUUUUAUAAGAAACACAACAUUCAACUGGUAAAGUAGUAAAAUUAUACUCCAAGAUGUGAUGGGGACGGUGGGGUAGCCUAGUGGUUGAAGCAUUCACUUGUCACGCCAAUAACCCGGGUUCGAUUCCCCACAUGGGUACAAUGUAUGAAGCCCCUUUCUGGUAUCCCCUGCCUUGAUAUUGCUGGAAUAUUGUUAAAAGCUCAGUAAAAACCAUACUCACUCACUCACCAAGAUGUUGUGUUCCUCAUAAUAUAGACAUUGACAUCCAUGAAAUGUUGACCUUUCAUGUAAUGUGUGAAUUACUCACUCUUAGUGAAUGUCUUUGUUUUACGUAAACAAAGCUUUUAUGAUAAUGGACAGAAUGUGGUCUUCAUGUAUUGUGUCAAUGAUGUUUGAAAGGAUUUUUGAUUUAGAAGAAAGAAGGAGUUUGACAGAACUGUCCAACUUCUUUGAUAUUUUCAGGGGUGGAAAUAACUUUCAAAUUGCUAGUGUACUCCGGUACAGUGGAUUAAUAUUGGAAAGUCAACUGGACACCGGUACAGUGUGAUAUACAAAUUUG